CAAUGACUUCAAAUUAAUUGUUUGGUCAUAAUAUUUUCAACCCCAUCUUAGAGAGAGAGAGAGAAAGAGGCAGAGAGAGAGGCGGAGAGAGAGAGCGAGAGAGAGAGAGAGGGUUUGAAAUAAAAUCCUCCCUCAUCACCUACUCUUUGUCUGUUUACACUUUGUUUCCAAACAAAAUUGGUGUAAGAGAAAGGAGAGAUCCAAAAAGAAAUGCUGGGAAACUGUGACAAAAUGGUUCUCAUCUCUUCAUCAGCUAACCAAUGGCCACAAAUGAAGAAUCAUCCAACAAGUUUAGAUCAUGAUCAUCAUCAUCAUCAAAAGGGUUUGAAUAAUCUCAUGCCCUCUUCUUCCUCUGGAUUAGUAAUGGACAAACAACAUGAUCAGAAAACUCAACUCAAACAACACCAACAAGACCCUCUCCGAUGCCCUCGUUGUGAUUCUUCAAACACCAAAUUUUGUUACUACAACAACUACAGCUUGUCUCAGCCUCGCCACUUUUGCAAGGCUUGUAAGCGCUACUGGACCCGCGGUGGCACCUUGAGGAAUGUCCCUGUCGGUGGCGGCUGCCGGAAAAACAAGCGCCUCAAAAGACCUUCUUCUUCUACUACUACUACGACAACGACGACUACUACUACUACUGCCGCCGUCACCUCCCCGGCCCCGGAUUCCACUUCCUCCUCUUCAACUUCUUGUCCCAAUAUGUUUUAUGCCUCCACCUCCGAUCUCAACGUUCCAUUUUCCGGGUAUGAUUUAAAUCCUCUUGGGUUAGGGUUUUGUUCUCCUAAUAUUGAUCACAGGGACUUUAAUCUUAAUGGGUUCAGUUCGCUCCUUUCGGGCUAUUCUACCUUAUUUGCUCAUAACCCAUCUUCUUCAACCUCCAUUUCUUCAUUGCUUGCUUCCAAGUUCACCAAUGGUGUUGGGUUCAAAUCCACUGAUCCGAAUCUAUUUGGUAAUAACCUAGCUUCUCCAGCGUUUGGUCACCAUCAUCAACAGGAAGUUGAUCAUGUGAUGGGAUCCAACGGUGGAGAUCAAUUAGGGCUGAAUGUGAAAGAUGUGAAAUUGGAAGAUGGGAUGAAGAGGCUAAAUUGGGAUGAUCAGCAGAAUCAAGCGGAUGAAAUUGCUACCCAAUCUAAUGAUCAUAAUCCACUCUACGGUAAUUGGAGCUCUCAAACCUGGCACGAUCCCGAAAAUCUUGCUUCAUCUAUCACUUCUUCUCUCAUCUAGGGGGGAAAUGAAUUUUAAUUUAAACCCCACCUUCAUCUCUUCACUAGAUCUUACAAUUUCUUCAUUUUUUUUUUUUUCUCUACUUGUUGUGAACUUUAAUGGGUCUGGUUUGGUUGUGAAGAACAAAAUAAAGUAGCAAACUUGGGGAUCGGAGUGUUCAUGUCAGCAGCAAGAAGGAUGAUCCAAAUUGAAAAAUUUUCACUUUUUCCACGAAAAGUUAGAGAAUUUUUCAUUUUUCAUUCCCAUUUUCCAUUACCCAUAUGGAUUUUGCGCUGAGAGGAACCUCGGAUCCCUGACUUUCAAUAUCAUCAUCUCCCAUGCAAGAGAUCAGUGGAAGGAAGGCUAGAACUUGUCUUUUUUUUUUUUUUUUUUUUUUUUUUUUUAAAUUUCAGUAAGUUGGGUUUUAUUUGGUUGCGUUGUAAAUAUAGGGGAGAAAAGAAAAGGAGUUGAUUUACAGUAUUUGAGGUAGGGUUUAGUGGGGGCUGGUAUAUGUUAUGUUCCACUUGAGGUUAAAGUUUUGUUUAUUUGGUGGGGGCUGGGUAUAAUGGUGUGGUGGUAUAGAGACGGGGGGGAGAUUUGGGUCUUUCAAAACAUUUGUAUUAAUCUCACUUUAAAUUCACCUCAUCAUAUGCU